AUGCAGCUUGUGCCUGUAAAAUCUACCGUCCCACUAAAGCUAGCAGAACACGAUGCUUUUUGCCUGCCGGAUUGCUUGCUAGCUCCCAUAGACAUGGCGAUUCAAAAACCUAAAGGGGCGGCGGUAAUGGCCUUCACUCAAAAGGCCGCGGCCUCUACGCAGGAAGCCACAAUCCCCGAGAAAUCCAGGGGAGAAAACGGCGGACUCAGAGAGAGAGUCAGGAGUCUCGAGAGCCAGCUGGCCAAGGCGGAAAGCGAGAAGGCGAAGGCGGAAGACAAGUCCAGGCCCGGACAGGAAGAAGCCGAGAUGGAGCUAGAUGUGGGAGAGGCGGAAACGCUUCCUCCACCGGUCCCUAAAAUCACCGAAGCCAAAAGACCGGUGGUGAUCAUCAAGAGGAUUGAGCCCUUUAAGGAAGCGGUAAAGGUCCUCCGCCCUGAAGUUCAAGGGCGAAAGAAGGAGAUGGGGGAAAGCCGCGAGGAAGCGAUGGAGGGUAUUAGGCAGGUGAUGGAGGGAAUCUCCAUCUCUGCGAUCACGAGCGAGACAGACCCAGCCUCCAUGCGCGGAAAAUUGGAGGAUGUAAUCCUCCGAUGCCAGGGGGUAAUGUCCAGACUCCCAGUCAGGAAGAACAAGGACAAGGACGAGGAGAGGAAGCCCCAUCCAGAGGAGAAAAAAGCCGACGAUGUCUCCCGACAAACCCGUUCCGAUAGGAAGAAGGGAGGAAAGUCGGGGGGCAGAGUGGACGAAGCUAAGGGUACAUCAACCAAGCCCGACAAGGAGAUGCCGAAGCCGCAAAGGGUGCCGAGACAAGCGCAGACGAAGACGCUGCAGAAGGAGGAACAACUGAGGGAGAAAAAGGCAGACCCUCCGCAGCGUAAAGGCAAUUACGCGGAAGCCGCAAAGAAGCCGGCGAAGAGGGCGCAGCCCGCGGAGAGGAAAAGUGCACCCCAAAGGCCAAAAGGGAGCAAUGAGGUGAAGAACGCUCCCAAGAGGAAGGAAGCCGCGACUCAACCAGCGGGCAAAGGGAGGGGCCCUGAACAGCGGAACCGAAGGACCCCGAGAAGCGAGGCGGUGUCGAUCAUGUUCCCAGCGAGAGAGUUCGCGCAGGGGAUGAGGGACAUUAGGUCCAAAGUGAACCUGGACGAACUGGGGAUCGGCCCCCUCAAACAGAGGAAGGCACGAAACGAAGUAACAGACCCGACUAAUCUUUUGUUACGACCAUCGACGUGA